AUGUGGUAUUUACUACAACUAAGAGAAUAUCUUUUGAAUUUUCAGGUCACCUUUUACGAGGAAAGAAAUUUCCAGGGUCGCUCCUAUGACUGUACCGGAGACUGUGCCGAUUUCUCCUCCUACAUGAGCCGUUGUCACUCAUGCAGAGUGCACAGCGGAUGCUGGAUGAUGUAUGAUCAACCUAACUACAUGGGAAACCAGUAUUUCUUCAGAAGGGGAGAAUAUUCUGAUUAUAUGUCUAUGUUUGGAAUGAGCAACUGCAUCAGAUCCUGCCGUAUGAUCCCUAUGCACAGGGGAUCCUACAGAAUGAGGAUCUACGAGAGGGAGAACUUCAUGGGUCAGAUGUACGAGAUGAUGGAUGACUGUGACAGCAUCAUGGACCGUUACCACAUGUCUCACUGCCAGUCCUGUCAUGUGAUGGACGGCCACUGGCUCAUGUAUGAGCAGGCCCACUACAGAGGCAGAAUGUGGUACUUUGGCCCUGGAGAGUACAGGAACUUCAGCAACUUUGGAGGCAUGAGAUUCAUGAGCAUGAGGCGUAUCAUGGACUCUUGGUACUAG